GUUGCCUUUUGCAUUUUCUCCAGCUUGGCCCAAUAACUCACCAGUUCUCACCAAGAGAAGCCAAGUACAGAUGCCUUAUCUCGAUCAGUACAGCCACUUAUAUUCGUACGCUGGCGGCAGCACGCGCACAGGCGUCGGGGGCUUAAGAGCAGCUGAACACCUCGGAAGAGCCCUCGCAGAAGUGGACGGUCUUUUUGCUGGCUUCACCCACCUCGAUGAAACAGAACCUGAAUCGAGGCCCAGUCGUUCAAGUCAUCGUCCAGACGAUCUUGCACUUGAGUUGGACUCAUUGUGCAAUACAGCCCCGGCCAACAGUACCCCAAACUCACAGCCUGAUUUCACCGAUCCCAGCAUUCAGGCUCGGGAAAAUGCCUGGGCCUCCAUCCGAACAGUUCGCGAGGGAAUGCAAAUCCUCUGGGAACAUUUCGUUGAUGUUUCUCAAGAUGUCAACAUUCCCGCUAUCAACAACAUCCGUGCCGAAUACCACGAUGCCAAAGGACUUCGUCAAGCUGGAGUCUUUGCUUUCCGCAACACGUUGACGGGACCAGCGCCCAAUGACCUUGUCAAAAUAUUCGCCUUCUGCAGCCUGUCGUAUGUAGUCUCCCGACUUCUUUACUCAAGAGGGCGGCUGGCAGAAGGCGACAUCCUCGCCGGCAUCCGCCUGUGGCUUAAUGCCCUUGAGGAUGAAGAAGAGCGAAAGGCCUUCGAGGUCCUCGCAAGACGACUUUGGCCUGAAGCCCGAAACCAUCUCCACUUCAUGGACUUGAACAUGGGAGAACAGUCGCAGAAACUAGCAGCUUCUCUACGACGAGGCGAAACGCCAUUCUCAGUACCGUCACCUCAGACAUACCCAGUAUUACCACUUGCCAAUCUUGGGCCUCAGACAUCGUCGGUGUACGAACAACCGGCACCGGCUUAUUCCUACGAGUUGGGAAACUCCCAUGACUUGGCCAUUGCACCAGAUCUUGGGACCAUAGAUCAUUCACUCUUGAACAUCCUCGCGACGAACAUUUCGCCAGCCCACGUGCUAAACCUGACGGAUCGGACAUAUGAGGAGUUCAAUUUCUCACUUGCACUCUCUGGAACGCAUGCUCAAGUUCCUGAACCAGAGACAAGUCUCUGGCAGGGGUUUGACCCAGGCCCAGUACAACCCCUCGACCUCGACAUCAAUGUAAUGGGAGGCAUUACGCCUUGGAGCGCGAUGCCGCAGUCCAACGCUGGCAGCCCAAUCGCCAGUAACUCGAGCCACGACUCGCACAAUCAGUCGUUAUCGAGUACACCGACAUCUGAUGAUCUUCUAGCGUCCCUUCAGGGGACUACUGUGUUCACAGCUGUGUUGAAAUACAUACGAGAACACGGAGCCUUCUGGUUCAAACUUGCUGGCUGCGGACUGGUAUCGAAAGACCUCCGGUCAUGUCUUGCCUGGAGUCAAGAGAGAUCAAGAAAGAAGAAACAGAUAGAAGCUUGCUAUAUGCAGCCUUUAUCGUCAGAGAAGUAUACAAAAGAUCUGCCUACUCGCGGAAUAGUCUCCGUUGUGGAAGCAUUCUUCGAUCAAGGUCUGUUGCAAAGCAUCGAGGACAUCAAAAGCUACAUGGAGCGUGUUGCAAAUCUGCUAUUCAGCGACCGAGUCGCCUGCCAGGAAUUUCGUGACUGGGUUCACGGCGUUCAAGAAAGUCCACAGCCUUCGACAUCAACUCCAAAGCCAACUACUAAGUUAAAACGUCUAUCUUGCCCUAAAUGCGAAUACACCAGCGAUCGAACGUUUAACAUGGAGAGACAUCAAGCGAAUAUGCAUAAACGGAAUGAAGAGCAUAACAAGAAGAAGAGCAGGAAAUCUUGAAGAUAUUUUAUGUUAUGACCUUAUGGUUAGAAGCGCGAGAGGAGAAAGAAGCGGUAGAAUUGUCAGUUUCUUGAAAGGUAACCCCGAGAUUGUGCAACAACGACUGCGGAUCGUUGCACAUUGAAGGCCUCAGGUUUCCUAAUGACGAGAUCAAUGAGUCUUGAAGAUUAUUAGUUUUUAGAAUAUUACUUAUUAUAUUACAAUAAAGAGCGUUAUUACGAGUCAAUUUAU